CAAAAACAAUUAAGCAGUCAUAGUGGUAAUAGAAAUAUUAGUUAUCCACUUGUUUUGAUUGAGCAGAUCUUAAAUAGUGACGAAAACCAAAAUAUUGACGAAUCUGAUAUUAGCGAAGACAAUGAUGACGAAUUGGACGAAUUGGGAGAAAACAAUUCAGAACAACAUAUCGAUUUUGAUACUCCGGAGUAUGAUGAUAAAAAUGAAGGUGUCAAAUCAGCAAUAUCAGAUAUCAAUUCUGGUUUUACAUGGAUUAUAUACUGGAUUUUCAAAUUUUAA